AAACACCAUGCUGAAGCAGAAUGAUUAUUAUUGUAAGCUAUUUUCUUUUGUUGUUUUUAUUGGUUUAGUGUGUUGCUACUGUCAGUGUUUAGAAACGGGGACGUUUCUUUUGUUUGGGGGGAGGUUUGUAAGCUAUUUAAUUUGAUAGCUUUAUUAUGGAAGGUUGGUGUGUAGUUCCUGUUAUAAGCAGGGUGUUGGUUGGGACUCUUGUUUUGAAGGUGAAAAUAUACUGGUGUGUUGUCCCCAUUCAUCACUCUCGUGUCCUUUCCGGCUGAUGCGUCAAAGUACAAGAGAACAUUAUUAUCAUUUUAGACAAAAGCCUAUAUAUGCAGAUUUAAAGUGAUGACGUCGUGACACUGAUCACCCGGAAGCAGUCGUCAUACCGCCCCCGGAAACAAGUGACCGCGCGCGGGAUUCGAUAUUAGAAGCAGCUCGCGCGCGCAGCUCAGUGUCCUCGCGCAGAACAGAUAUCGAUCAUCAGGGAUCAAUAACCGAUAUCAGAUCAAACAUGGCGACACCACCGAAGAGGUCGUGCCAUGUUCCCGCCAGCCCGACGCUGAGUGACAGCUUCCGGCGCAAAGAGAAGAAGAUCUCCAUCGAGGGAAACAUCGCUGCAGGGAAGUCUACGUUUGUGCAUGUCCUCCAGGGGGCGUCAGAGGACUGGGAGGUGAUUCCUGAGCCUAUUGGAAAAUGGUGCAACGUGCAGAACGAGAGCGACGACGUGUCCCAGGAGCUGAGCUCGUCUCAGAAGAGUGGAGGAAACCUUCUGCAGAUGUUGUACAAUAAACCGAGCCGCUGGUCCUACACCUUCCAGAGUUAUGCAUGUCUCAGCAGAGUUCGUUCUCAGCUUCAGUCGCCGUCAAUCAAACUUCAACAAAGUGAAAAGCCUGUUCAGUUCUACGAGCGCUCCGUCUACUCUGACAGGUACGUGUUUGCAUCCAACCUGUUUGAGUGUGGAGACCUGUCGGACACUGAGUGGAGCGUGUAUCAGGACUGGCACACCUGGUUACUGAAGCAGUUCACACCGGAGAUCCACCUGGACGCUAUCAUCUACCUGAGAGCACAGCCACAGCGCUGUAUGCAGAGGUUGCUCCAGCGGGGCCGUGAGGAGGAGGAGGGACUUCCUCUUGAGUAUCUGGAACAGCUUCACUUCAAACACGAGGCCUGGCUUCACCACAGGAGCCUCAGGUUGGACUUUGACUAUCUAAACGAUCUUCCUGUUCUGACUCUGGAUGUUGACGACGAUUUCAAGAAAGAUCGAAUCAAACAGGAAGUCCUCAUCGACAAGGUCAGAGACUUCCUCACCACGCUGUAGAAGCUUCCACCAAUCACAGCUCAGGAUGGGAGCAGUUCCUGCGUCAGACUCACACCAAGUGCUUUUUUUUAAGAACUCGAUCAGUUUUCAUAUUAUUCUUCUGAUUUGUACAAAUUUAUUUUUAUAUUUUAAAACAUUUUAAAGUGUGUGUAUUCAAAUAUUAGUGUUUGUAGAAUAAACCUGUUUUUUACCUUCAUGUUAGACUGACUGUCCCCACUUGUGCCAUCAGACCAGAGUGUGUGUUAGAGUAAUCAUGACGAUGCAUUCAGGUGAAUAAAGAUGUCACUGGUUUCA